AUGGACUUCCCAGGAAAAAAAGAAAACAAAAGCCUGAAGACACUAUGCAAAGCUAAAUGCCUCGUCUGUGCUUUGUGGAAAUGUACAGAUCUUGAACCUGAUGACUGUGCAUCUUUAUGCAUUUUCAGUGUAGACCACUCAUCAUCGGUAAAUCAUCCUAUUUGUAUCCCAUGUCAUGGAUUUCAAACACACCCUUCUCCUUUGUCUUCACCUACUAAAUUGCAGAGUCAUAAAAGCUAUGAAGGAACAUGUGAAAUACCAGAAUCUAAGUACAGUCCACUUGGUGGGCCUAAGCCUUUUGAAUGUCCUAGUAUUCAAAUUACAUCUAUCUCUCCAAAUUGUCAUCAUGGAAUAGAAGCCAGUGAAAAUGAAUUGCACACAAAUGGCCCUCAGAAUGAAUAUAUGGAAAGGCCUUCAAGGGACCAUUUAUAUCUUCCUCUUGAGCCAUCUUACAGGGAAUCAUCCCUUAGCCCAAGUCCUGCCAGCAGCAUUUCCUCUCGGAGCUGGUUCUCAGAUGCCUCGUCUUGUGAGUCAGUCUCUCAUAUUUAUGAUGACGUGGAUUCAGAACUGAAUGAAGCUGCUGCUCGAUUUACCCUUGGGUCACCUUUGGCAUCUCCUGGAGGUUCUCCAAGAGGCUGUCCAGUUGAUGAUCCUUGGCAACAAUCAUAUGGAUUUGGGCAUGCCUUGUCACCAAGACAAUCUCCUUGUCAUUCUCCUAGGACUAGUAUCACAGAUGAAAAUUGGCUUAGCCCAAGACCAACCUCAAGGCCAUCAUCAAGGCCUACGUCACCAUGUGGGAAGCGCCGACAUUCUAGUGCUGAAAUCUGUUACAUUGGUUCACUUUCUCCUCAUCAUUCUCCUGCUCCAUCACCAGGACAUUCUCCUAGGGGAAGUAUUACAGAAGAUACAUGGUUAAAUUCUUCUCUCCAUGGUCUGACUCCAGGCCUUUCAGCUUUUCAGUGUUGUGGAGAUACUGACAUCCCUCUUAAAACAAGGAAGACCUCUGAGGAUCAAACUGCAAUUAUAUCUGGAAAAGUAGAACUUUGUUCUGAAGAACAGGGCAAUCUAUCACCAUCCCUUGAAACUGCAAUAGAUGAUAGCUCUGUAUCCCAGCAUAUGUUAAAAAAAGAUUUGCCUGGUGACCAAUUUCUUUCUGUUCCUUCACAUUUUACCUGGAGUAAACCAAAGCCUGGCCAUACUCCUUUAUUUCGCACAUCUUCAUUGCCGCCUCUAGACUGGCCUUUGCCCACACAAUAUGGGCAGUGUGAACUGAAAAUAGAAGUACAACCAAAAACUCAUCACAGAGCACAUUAUGAAACGGAAGGCAGCAGAGGAGCAGUAAAAGCAUCUACUGGUGGACAUCCUGUAGUGAAGCUCCUAGGUUACAAUGAAAAACCCGUAAAUCUUCAGAUGUUUAUUGGGACAGCAGAUGAUCGUUACUUACGGCCACAUGCUUUUUACCAAGUGCACAGAAUCACGGGAAAAACCGUUGCUACGGCUAGUCAAGAAAUAAUCCUUGCCAGCACCAAGGUUUUGGAAAUUCCUCUUUUACCUGAAAACAAUAUGUCUGCCAGUAUUGAUUGUGCAGGUAUUCUGAAACUCCGCAAUUCAGACAUAGAGCUUCGGAAGGGUGAGACAGAUAUUGGAAGAAAAAAUACAAGAGUGAGGCUUGUAUUUCGGGUACAUAUCCCACAGCCUAGCGGGAAGGUCUUGUCCCUUCAAGUUGCCUCUAUACCUGUUGAAUGCUCUCAGAGAUCGGCUCAGGAACUUCCUCAGAUAGAGAAAUACAGCAUCAGUAGUUGCUCAGUAAAUGGAGGCCAUGAAAUGAUUGUUACAGGCUCUAACUUCCUUCCUGAAUCAAAAAUAUUAUUUCUUGAAAAGGGGCAAGAUGGACGGCCCCAGUGGGAGGUGGAAGGAAAAAUAAUUAGGGAUAGGAGUCAAGAGGCUGCGCUUAUUCUUGAAGUUCCUCCAUAUCACAAUAAAGCAAUUACAGCAGCUGUCCACGUGCAGUUCUAUGUUUGCAAUGGCAAAAGGAAAAAAAGCCAGGCUCAGCGUUUUACAUACACUCCAGUUGUAUUGAAACAAGAGAACAGAGAUGAAAUGGAUUUGACUUCAGUUUCAUCGUUGUCCCUGACUCACUGUAAAGGACUCUCUUCUGUCCAAACCCAGUUGCCUUCACCAGAUCCAGGGCUUUCACAUGAUAGCUUACUUUCUACUUCACCCAGGAACCUUGUAUGUCCCAUACAGCAACCAUUCACACCUAUGGUAUCCUCAGCAGUAACCCAGUUGUCACACAUGCAAGGUAGAAACAUUAGUCCAGGUGAAGAGCAUCCUGUUCUGUCUUCAGCUGUAGUCCACCAGUCUUUUCAGGUAACAUCAGCAUCUUCUGUGGGGCCUUCCUAUCAGCCUAUGCAACCUAAUGUUAUGUUUAAUGGACAGCCUGGUCUUCCCAUGAACCCUGCCUCUUCUAGUCAAGGAUAUGAUACAAUUUCAUUUCAGCAAGAUGCACCUGUACCUCCACUGAUAAACCUCAGCUGCCAGUCUCUACCACCAAUCCCAUAUCAUUCUUCAAGUUCAGGUUCAGUGUCAACUUCAGUUGCAACAGGAGGACAUACUUCAGCACACCUAGCUCAAUCAAGACCUCAUUUGCAGUCAAUGCAAUAUCAUUGUCCUGAUCCUCAGCAAAGUCCUGUUUCUUCUGCAGUGACCCAGUCCCUUGGACAUCCUUCCUCACAAUUGCAGCAAAUAACUUACCAUUCUUCAAAUCCAGGUAAUUCCUCAUCAUCAUCCCCCAAAUCUUCUCAUUCUUUAGUUCAUUCACCACGAUCUGGGCCAUCUUCACCACAGUUGCAAUCUAUGCCUUACCAUCUUUCUAGUUCGGGAUCUGCCUCAUCUCCUCCUCCAGCUGCUGUCAGUCAGUCUGGACAACAGUCCCCACAGGAACAUAGCCCAGGUUUGGGAGGAAUUGCUACAACUUCAUCUUUGAUGCAUCAUAACAUAUGUGACACAUCUCCAUUUUCAUCAGAAGGGUCAACUGUUAAUAUUAAGCCUGAACCAGAAGAUCAAGAGUUGAAUUUUCAGACAAUGGGGCUGCAAGACAUCACGUUAGAUGAUGUGACUGAAAUCAUUGGAAGAGACAUGCCGCAGAUCUCUGCGUCCCGUGGAGCAGGAGCUGCUGUCCUGCGGAAACCUGGAGCAAACCAGGAAGCCUUGCACUUUUCCUCUGAAUAAUGCUACGUCCCUCUUUAGAUUUACUGUGCUUCCGACUAUGUGGCCUUGAUGAUCCUGAACACUGGAUCCCUGCAGAGCUGUUCUGGGAGAGUGGGAACGAGAGUUGUAAGAGGAACAGGUUGACUUAUCGGUUUUUAGGAUGCUGUAAAAAUUACUUUAUAAAAAUGGACACCAGGAAGUGACCCAAGAUACUUUAACCUUGAAUGAAAUACCAAUGAGCUUUGCUUGUUUUGUGCAUUUAACAUAAUUCUUUUAUAUUAAGUGCUUAAUUGUAUGGAGAAAUGUAGUUUUGCUUUCAGUAUGCACAGUUACUGAAUGUGGGUAAUUUUUUUUUUUUAAAAAAACACCAUCUUUGUAUGCUGCUUUUCUUUAGGAGAGAUACUAAGAUUGUAAUAAAAAUUUGUAUACCUUUUGGACGGUCUUUUUGAAGAGCCUUUAAGCAUAUGUGGUUUAAAAGAGUUUUUUUAAUAAUAAUAAUGACUUUCAGAGGCACAGAAGUAUCUAUCAUCUGAAGCCAACGCCUUUGGAAGUCUUACAUAUGAAUAAUGAUUAUCAUUUUCUUUGGAGCUUUAGGAAGCAAAGCCAAAUACAGAUCUGUGUUCUUGAGACACUGAAAAAUUUUGGUAGGCUGCAAAGAGACCAUUCCAUCAUGGAUAUAUUGGGAUAGAAAUGACAUUCCAAAACCUGACUUUUAUACCUUCGUACCUUUGCUAGCACAGACCUGUUCUAACAGAAGCACUUGUUCAGAAUUAUUUAUAUAUAUGCUCAUUUUUAAUGAAGCAAUUACAAUUUUGGGAUAUGUCAAAAGGCUGUGUUCCAUAUACAGUCCUUUUGAUCAGGCUUGUUUAAACUGUCAGAGUCAUCCUACUGUCUUGAAAUUCCUCAGGUAGAGAUCUUCACUCAGUCUGUUCUUUUUUCUGUUAGGUGUGCCUGAAAAUAUAUGUCUGUUGGCAUUUGUAUUGGCUUCUUAAAAUCUUUUCUUAAUGGUAUAGCGAUCCUACUGUUCGCAGGGUUCCAUCCUCUAAGAAAUCAGCUUGGUAUGGCAUAAAAGGAAUGUAACUAGACCCUCUUACUCUAACAGAGGUACUUAAUCCUGCUGACAAAGGCAGCUUAGUGCAGAGGGAGGUGUAUCCAUUGUGACCGUUGGGGCUGAAGCUGCCUAUGACUGCCUAUGCAUGUUAGGUUAAUAUUUCCCAUUGCUGUGUGAUUUAUGGGGGUGCCUUUGUCUCUAAUUUGAAGCAUGAGAGAUACAAAAUCCAACCAUGGCAGAUAAGAAUUUCUACUAAAUAGAGUUAAUUCCUUUGUAAAAUGAAAAUCAAGAUGUUUCAAGUUUGGGUAAGCAAAUGAAACAGGAGAUUGCAAAAUGAAAAGAUAAUUAAAAGGAUUUUUGAGAACCAUAAAGAUUAAGAUAGUUGGUGUGUGGUUUUCUGUUGUUGUUUAGCUCAUUUUUAUAGCUACUUAAGUCUUAACUGAUAGCAACAAGAUAAGUUCUAUAGCAUCAUGCUGUUGGCAACAGGCUGAUAGAGGGUGAAGUGUCCGUCUUCCUGGGAAUGCUACAGCAAGCAACUUGACUUUUAAGCAGUCUCCACUCCUUUUGUGAAAAGAAUAUAGGUGACUCAGCCACAAUUUAGUUAUUAAAAGGGUUGCUUAACCGGUAAUUAUCUGCAGACCACAUUUACUGCUUAGUCUGCAAGUAACCCUACCAUCUCAUGAUGAAGUAAAGCAAAGCAGAAUCAGUGUGUUUGGGCAGUUCAGGAGACACCUAUGUUGAGCACUAAAAUAUUUUAUAUUAAACUUUAUUGGAGCUGUUUAUCCUUUUUUUUUAAUCACAGUUUUGACUCUUUAAAAUACAAAGGUGAUAGCUGAAACAAAUGUUUGUUUUUUAAAAAAAAUAUAAUCAGCAUUUAAGAUGGAAAGGAAUAUUUCUUCAUAUUAGCUGCUGUCUUGAGUGUUGGAUCAGGUGGACAUCCCAUUUGGAUGAAUCCUAAAUUAAUGCAGCAUCUUCUUCCCUGCCCAUCCCCACCAUGGUGGAUCUCUUUAUCUUCAUUCCAGGGAUCCUUAAUGUUCUCCUUUUGAUUAUCCUACAGCAGUUAAAAUUGCCAUGCACACACUUUUGAAACCAAAGGGCAGUCUUCUCAAAAUGUUAUGGUUUCUUUGGAAGUACAUUUGUCUUCUCUUCAGUGAAUACAACUAGUUUCAAACUGAGUAAAGUAUGGCUAGUUACACAUGAGAGCACUUCAUUCCUUUUUCAGUAGUCCUAAGACUUUCAGUGUUUUCUCUGUGCUGUCGCCGGGGUCUCUUUUAC